AUGAACUCAAUAGAAUAUGUGUUUUCAGCUAUGUGGAUGAAAAUAGAAGAGCGCACUCAUCUUAUAGAAAGUAUAGUAAUAGCAUUCCUGUACAUAUCAUUGGAUGGAAUUAAUGCUAUCACCUACAGGUUGUACAAUGUUGCAUCAUUUCAGUCAACAAGUAGAGAGGUUUACCAAUGUUAUCUUGGUAAUGCCAAGCACUUGCCUACCUGUUCAUGUCCCUUUUGGUUUGAUAAUAUAUAUCCAUGCAAACAUUUUUUUGCAGUUUUAUGUAAAGAAAAUCUCUCGUCGUCUGACUUUGAUCCCUCUUAUGGCAAUUCUCCAUAUAUCAUAUUAGAUCAAUUGUUGGAUGAAAAUAAUUAUUCAACUUUAUCUCAUGUUCAAAAGUUAGCUGAACUAAAAAAUUUUAAAAAUACUCCUGCCGGUGUGAUGUUGCCUAGCAAUAUUGCAUCUGCACCAUAUGAACAUAGUCAUUCAACUGCAUGUAGUCAUUGUAUGAAUGUAAAUAGUAUUCCCAAUCAGAAUACAGGACAUGAUAAAAUACAACCAAAUCAUCAAUCACCUGCUGCAUGGCGUAAACUUUUAACUGAAAUAAUAAAUUUGACGCAUUUAGGUCAAUCUCAAUUAGCAACAGAUAAUUUGUUUGAUGGUCUCUAUAAGCUCAAGAUUGCAUAUGCUGAAUCUAUUACAAAAGAACAACGCAUUUCCUGCGUCCUGACCCAUGCAUAUAGCUUGGUAAUGGUACCAGCAAUCUAGUUGUUGUUAUUGAAAGUGCAUAAAGCUUGUUAUUACUGGAAAUUCAUAUAGCUUGGCAAUGAUAUAAGAUAUUCAAUUGGCUUCAUUAUAAAUAAUUUAGUUGGUAAAUGGCAAUAUUAAUUCAGUUGUUGAUACUAUUAAAAAAUAUCUUGAAGCUGUCCUAUAUUACCACCUUCAGGCAUGUUUUACAAGGUGACAAAUGAAUUACAGUGUGGAUAAACUAUAUUGAUUAAUUGAUUCAAUAAAAUGUAAUGUUUAGUUAAUUGCAACAAAUUAUUUACUGUAUUGUUAUGAAAUUGAAAAAAUUUUAAUAUGAAUUAUAA